AGUUUUCCAAGGUUGCCACUAAGCACGAACUUAAAGUUGAUGGCGGACCAAGUGUUUUAUGGUGAACUAGCGAUAUUAGGUCUUAAUGGUGCUUUGGCUGAGUCUGGAAAUACUGCACGACACACAUCUAAAAUAUCUUUGUUCAAACGUCGUGAAGCAAAUGGAGUUCGACCUGGACCCGUGAACAAGGUUCCUAAAGCUAGAAACUCAGUCGCAGUGACAAAUCGCAAUACACCUGCCAUCUCGUUUACUUUAUCGAGGAAUGUUACAGUAGUUGUAGAAUAUGUGCCUGAUCCUAAAGUGGAUAUGUUUCAGAUUGGUCGAAGUACUGAUAAUCACAUAGAUUUUGUUGUAUCCGAACCAAAACCGUCAGUUAGUCAAAAUGAUCAGCAGCACGUCAAUCAUAAUAUUAGUAAUAACAAUAAUAAUAAACAGUGUAAAGAUAAUUCAAAAGAUCCCAAUCGUGGUAAUUAUGAAAGUGCGGUUUCACGUUUUGCUUGUCGUAUUCAUAUUGAUCGUGAUCCACCUUACACUGCUCGUUUAUAUGCAGCUGGAUUCGAUGCAUCAAAUAAUAUUUUUUUAGGGGAACGUGCUAUAAAAUGGAAGUGUGACAAUUCUAUGGAUGGUUUAACAACAAAUGGUGUCAUGAUGUUACGGAUUCCUCCAGCUAAAAUUAUUGAACAAACAAAUGAAGCUUCAGAUCGUGAUUCUAAUAUUCGAUCACAAUGGCGUGAAGUUAGUGUAUGUGGUUCUGUAUAUGAAAUGCGAAGUAAUCGUUGCGUACCAACUAAUUUGGUUAAAGAAGAUAAUAUUCUCACUGAUAUGACAAUCAUAGAUCUAUGCGGAGUAACUUUAUUAUGGCGAUCUAGAUCAGGAUUAAAAUAUACAGCUUGUCCAGAGGAUUUAAUGAAAAUGAUCAAUGGAUUGAAUCAAGCUCAUAUUCAAUGUCCUGUCCUAUAUCGUACAUUGAAACUUCCACUUUUACCUCAAAGUACGCAUUUUUCACCUCAUUCUAAUGUAGUUAAUAUGGAAAAUAACAAUGGGAUAUUGAAUAACGACAAUGCACUAUCUAAACUAGAAUCAGAUCAAAUUAGUCCUGAUCAAAUGCCUUAUGUGUAUGUAAGCUGUGGUCAUGUACACGGUUGGCACAAUUGGCGUGCAGUUGGUGAUGUAAAUAGUCGUCGAACAUGUCCAUUAUGUUUACAAGCAUCAUUAUUUAUCCCAUUACGUAUGGGCAUUGAAUCAGCAUUCUAUGUUGAUCGUAGUUUAGCUACGCAUUGUUUUAAUCCUUGUGGACAUAUUGCUUCAGAAAAUACUGUACGAUACUGGUGUAGUUUACAAUUAUUAAAUCGAUAUAAUUUUGAAUUACACGCAAGAUGCCCAUUUUGUUUGACACAAAUACAUUCAAAACCAGUGAAAUUAUUAUUUCAAAGUGAUUUAUCAGAAGAAGAAUUUUUGGAAUUAAUUAAAGAACAAUUAUACGUGCGUACAUUAAAUAUGGAAAAAUACGAAACAUUAUCACGUUCUAUCCAUAAAAUAAAUAAUAGAUCAUCAAAAAUUAAUUCAUCACAAUCCCAUUCCAUUUCUAAUAAUAAUAGUAAUAAUAACGGUAAUCAAGAAUCUGUUCAUUCAUCUUCGUCUUCCCCUCCUCAUCCUCAUCUUACAUCUUCUUCCUACAGCCAUGAUGAUCGUCUUCAUUCUUCAUCGUGUUCAUCAUCUGAUGAAGUAUUAUUAUCUUCUACAUCAUCAUUAUCACAAAUUAUAUCCUCAUCACCAACUACCUCUUAUUUAUUAAAUAAUAUUCAUUCAUCAAAUAAUCCUUGUCGAUCGGCAGCAGUAGUAGUAGCAUCACAAGAAAAUUCUAAUUCUUUACGACUAAAUGAAAAUCAUUCAAUCAAUCAUGAUAAUCUUAAUGUUCCACAUUCAAACUAUACACCUUGUUUAUAGUUUAACUAAAAUUAUUUCAUCAGAUUGAUUUUCGUUUUACUUGUUUUUUUCUCUACUGGACUUUCAUCGCUAACAACUAAAGUAAGUAGUGGAUUUCGUCAAAUGCCAGCUACUCAUUCUCUUUUUGCAUUGUUAUUUGUAUUCAUAAUUAUAUAUAUUAAUAGUGAUAAUGAGACCCCGGAACUGAAGUGAAGGUUAGAAAGUGGUCCCUAAAAUUGUACAUUGUUUCUCUUUUUCACGGAAACCUGAUGCUACUAGUAAACUUUAACGAAUUAGGAGUCGAGACAUCAAAUUGGGAAACAAGUAUUCAUAGGAAUAACCAUAUAACCAAUAUCAAGCAGUCGUCUUUGUACUCUGCUGUCAUACUAUCUAAUCGGUGAAAUGAUCAAUACCAGUUCUAUUUCUUUAUCAGGUUUUCCUAGAUAAAUCGACCGUUCGUACGAUAGGCAAUUGAAAUAAUCUAACUACAUAAGCGCUUACAUCAGUACUCAAUACUAUUCUGUUCAUCAUAAAUUACGAUCACUUAACUCAUGUUCUCUUAGGUUUUAUAUUUCCAUUAUUAAUUCUUACUAGCUUCUUAGUUUUUAUAUACGAAUACUGGUGAUUCGACGGUAGAUCCUUCAAUAUCUCUAUUUUAAGUUACGUUUUCAAUUUUGUCUAGUGUGAUACUGAAAUUUUCAUUUAGGUAUUGUGUUAGGUGGUUGAAAAUAGCUGUCAAGAAACCCUAUUUUUAGGUUUCGUGCUAGUCGACAUUCGUCAGUAAGUUGUGCUUGUAUUCUUAUGAGAACUGAUGCUCUCUGUGGGAUUAGAACCCGUCACCCGGCUUCAUACUUUGAGACGUUACCACUGAGCUAUUCUGGCCAUUACUGACUUAUGGGACUAAAAUGUUUUUAGCUCAUUGAUCACUGAAUAGUGACCAAUGUCAUAUUUAUCUAGUCUCUUAAGUACUGGUCGAAUUUUAUGGACUAGUUUUCAUCGUGGCCACUAUUCUAAUUAACUCGACAUCGCAUCCCCUGUAUUAGGAUAUUAAUUGGUUAGAGUGGUAGUCGACAAGAAACCCUGUUCACAAAACCUAACCCAUUGGUAUGUUGGUAUUCAAAUCAUUAAAACUUUAUAAAACAGGAUUUUCAGUAAAUUUAUAAUUUGAUCAGAAUUGUUUAAAUACAUGUCCCCAACAGAAUCUUAAUACAUACAAACACACAAUUUUACAACUUUUGCGGUAUUCGAAUGAUAGUACUUUUAAUUAAUGAAUAUCAUUAGUAAUAUUACCUUCAUUCAUUAUGAUUUUUGUUUUUGUUUUUUUUAAAGACAAUUUUUACUUCUAGAGAGAGAGAGAAAUUACCAAAGUAAUCCAAAUUGUAACUAAGCACAUUAUUUCAAAUUCAUCUGACUUUUUUGUAUGCUCAAAUAUUUCACUUAAAACGUUAUCCCUAUUAUCAUCAUCAUCAUUCUCAUUAAUGUUUUGAUUCUUUAAACACCUCUACGCAUUAUUUUGAGGGAAAUAAAUGAGUUUAUUGUAUACAACACUAAUUCACAUCACUUGGAUUUUUUUCUAAUGGAAUCAAAAAUAAUGUUAUGCUGUUGUACUACUAUUUUUACUCAUAUUUCCUUUCCUUUUUAUAUCUUUUAACAAAACAAUCUAAUGUUAAAUGUUUGUUGGUUAUAUUUCUCAUUACUGUUUAUCAAUGUAUUUAAUAUCAUAUUAUUAGUUUUUAAUAGUUAAAAAUAAUAUCAUUGUUAACCUUGUGUAAUUACACAUCUCAAUCCCUUUUUUUCAUACUAUCCAAAAUGCAUUAUCCAUACAAUUCAUAUUUUCUAAGUAACCGAUACCAGUUAGGUAUACAUACAUACUUAUUCAGUCUUACUGAUUGUGAUUGUGUUAAGCUGAAUUUCUUUUGUUUGUUUAUGUUCAUCGGAACAGUUUUCCUCCAAUAACUUGUAAGUGUAACAUUUAUCACUACUUUUCCGUAUUGUCUUUCUUUUUUUUUUCUUCUAAAUUGUUUACUUCAGUGACUUUUUUCACUACAGUGAUUAUUGUUUGUUUGGUAAUAUGAUCAAUAUAUAUGCUUUUUCUUGUACUUGUAUGUAUGCAUUUUAGUGAAAAGUUACUUUUAAAUUUGACUUUAUAUUUGUAUUUUGUUCUUUAUUUUUCUUCGUUUCUUUUUUUUCUUCAAUAUUAUCAUUUCAAACAAAUAAUCAUUUUUAUCACUGCUUUUUAUCCUUGUUUUUUUCUAGUAUUAGUAUAUAAAUAAAAGGGCAAAUUUCAUAGGUUUUUAAAUGAUCUACCAUCUGUAUAUGUAAUUUGAAUGAUUUAUCCAAUGAUAUCGGCUAUAUCUUAAAUUCAGUCUAUGAUUAUCAUUUAAACUUUUCAGUAAUCCAUUGAAAUUGAAAAUCUACUUGAAUAUCGAAGUUUCUUUUAUACAAUAUUCGUCCGUAUACAUAGUUUACUUCCCAUGUUCUAACUUCAUAAUGAGUGAACUAUAAACAAUAUAUAUUUUCCUAUUUAUUCAGUGUAUUAUACUUAAGCUAAACCCGUUUGGACAACAAUGCUAAUGAAAGCUAAAUUCGGACUGAAUUGGAAGUUUAUUUCAGAUAUUCAUUUACACAGACAUGGUAAUAGGUGUAAUGUGGAGAAGGGAUUCUCGGCCUACUCAAUUUGACUAAAACGUAACAUGCUCAAGGUUACACGUGAGGAAUUGACAAGUUCAAACAUAUAGGUUAUAAUAAAAGUAAAAAGAUUAGAAUAAUUUAUCUCUCCAAUGGUUAGGACAAAUUAUGUAUGUGUGAUAUCAGAGAUUUGCUGCUGUACCUUGUCUAUUAAGUGUAAACAUUUUUUUGGUCUUCAGUAUCCUAUCACAAAAUAAAAUUUUAGGAAUUGUUCUA